UGUUUGUUAAUUUCGCUCCGUGACAGUUUUCAUUCGCGGAAGUUUUCAGGUUUUACAAUGGUAUAUGGGUCAGUCGAGUGUUUUGUUCAUGUGAUGUGAAGUGAGCGGGAGGUGUUAGUGUGGAGAAUGCCUUUCAAUAUUUCAUUUUACAAUAGAUAGACGUUUCACUGCCCCUGGCGCAUCUGAAAUAUUUAGAAGAUGGAAUCCAUAAGGAAGUGGUUCUACAAACCGAAGAAGGAUGAUCCAUCACUGUUGGCACAGUUCUUCUACGCUGAUGAAGCAUUGAAUGUGGUGGCUGCAGAGCUGGAUAGUUUUGAUGGAAGGAAAGAUCAGGAGCGUUGUCUGGCACUUGUUAACCACCUAAGACAAUGCCAGCACAAGGUACUUACAAUCUGCAACCGCAUCAUGGAUGAUGUAAUUCCAUGUGAUCGAGCAAACAGAGAUUUCCGUGUGAAGUUUCCAGAUGAUGUAAUGCAAGAAAAUCUCGCAGGACAGCUCUGGUUUGGAGCAGAGUGUCUUGCUGCUGGUUCUAGUAUUAUGAAUCGGGAGAGUGAAAGUGCAGCUAUGAGACCACUUGCUAAGGCACUAACGAAGGCCUUAGAAAAUGUAAGGAAUCUUCUGCGUGAACAGUGCUUGCGUGGAGGAACGAGUGGAAGUGGUGGUGAGGCCUUUGGGGAGAGACUUCAAGAGGCUCUCAAGAUAUUUGACAGGCUGUUUGCCGAGUUUGAGUUGUGCUAUGUGAGUGCUCUGGUUCCUGUCAAGACCCCACGUGAAUAUGAGCUGCAGCAGCUUGUUGUUGUACUCUUCUCCGAGACACUGCAACGGGCCCUAAACAUGAAACUUUUAACUCAGGAAAUGGUGGAUGACUAUGACCCAGCACUCAUGUUUACAAUUCCGAGGCUAGCAAUUGUUAGUGGUCUUCUUAUUUUCCCUGAUGGUCCUCUCUGCUUGGAUAAAACACCAGCAGAUAUGUCUGAAAUGUUCAGACCAUUUAGAACCUUGCUCUACAAGAUAAGAGAACUGCUAUGGACACUUAACAAAAAGGAACUCUACACUUUGGAGAAGUUGCUCUGCUCUGCUGAAGAGCCCAGUGAUUUCUGUACUGCAAAUGGUGGUCAGAGCCUGGAGUCCCAGAUUACACCAGAAGAAUUAGAAUCAAACAAUCUUUCUGAUCUUCCUGCAAAAUACCCAACAGUUCCUGAUCUAGAUGACUUUGUUAAGCGUUUUUAUAUUGAUUAUCCUAGUUGCAAACAGUUUGUAUCAGAUUUCUACAGUUCUACAGCAUCUGGACUAAAUGAAAGGCUGGCAGCAUCUGAAAAUUGUGUUGUCGGUAACUGGGAAAACCAAGAUGAAAGUGAAGAUGACACUGAAUGGGUUACUGAAUCCUCAGAGGGAGAAACAGUAGUGACUGAAGUAUGUUAUGGUGAAAAUGGUGCCGUAACUCAGGGUGAAACCAGCGGGAGGAUGUCUGCCAGCAUUGCAAAUAUGGCAGAGCAUCUAAAUUCAGUGUCAGAUUCUUCCAGACAACCCAAAAAACAUUUCCAACCAGUGAAUGGUGCUCCUUCGGAUGAGUCUGACGCGUCCACUGUUUGUGGGGCAUUAGAACAAUUGACAGUUGUCAGUACACUUCCGUUUCCCUCUUCAACUCUUAUAGCAUCAGACUUUACGGUUCAAGAUGAUGACAACUUAAUAUUUCAUUCGAGGCACCGUUCAGCGGAAACUGAGGAAAGUAUUAAGAAUACUGCCAAACAUCUUGGACACAUCAGUGCUUGUGCCAGUACUGCUGAAGGAAGAGUUGGGCUCUCAAAUAGUACUUCAGAUAGACACAGGUGGGCACUGCAAAGAACUGGUUCUAUGGAUGAUCACCAGGGAUCUUCUGCGAGUGGUUCUCAGGAGGUCCUCUCACCAGCUAGUGUGACAGUGAGCAGAAUACAUGGUGAAGAAGAAGCAAGCACACAGUCACCAAUAGACUCAGGAGUUGGUACAGUAGUAAGCUGCAGUGAUACAGGAAGUCUUUCCGACAGGUCUCCAGACACUCCUGCAGCAGCAGAGCAGAGGGUCCAGCCUGAGCAAGAGAGCAGUGAACAGCAGCAGUGGCAUUUGGAAACAAUCCCGUGUACGUGUACCCUUAGCUCCCGGACAGUUUUGCAUUCCCCACAGGGUGUGACACAAAGUGCAGUUGACACAAAUGUUGACUCUGUAGUUAAUAUUAAGGAUGCAGGUGAGCUGAGAAUAAAAAUUUUGAAUAUUCCUGCUAAUGAGCAUAAAAUAAAUAAUGUGACAGAAAGUGAUAUUUUAAAUAAUCUGGAUUACCAGAGUACUGUGCGUGCAGCAACUACUUGUUUAUCUCCUUCCUAUAACUAUGUUGAUAAUGUUCCUAAUGCUCAUGCCACAAGUGAACAUUUAUCAGAGAGCAGCACUUUUCAUAGACAUGAUAGGUGUGUUUUGAGAACUGUAAGUGAUUUGCAAGGUGCUAGUGCAUCAACAGAAGAUCUUUCUAGAAAUGAAGACCAGGAUGGAAGGGAAAAGUGGGUCGGUGUAGCUACAGGAGACGGUCAGUGUUCCCUUUGUAGUGGAAAUGAAGUUCGUAUUCAAAAUCAGACAAGGGUUCUCUUACUCAGCUCAGAAUUGGACUAUGCAGGAAAUUGGGAUUAUCUCAGGAGGCAAAAUUCCUCUGAGGUUGCUAGUUCUUCUGGAUUAAAGCCAGAGGCCUCAUCUGUGCCUGAGCGGAAAAAAGCGACUGGAACACGAUGGAGAGGGAAGAGGAGAGGAUUGUCUCCUGGAAGUCAACGCGUGGGAAAGAAGGAGAUGUCUACACCUCCGAUGGCUGUUCCAAUACAGUCAUCAAGGAACUUGGAGGUGCCAGUAGCAGGCAGCUACUCAUCUACUUGUUCCAGUUGUCCCAGCUCCGUCACAGUCAGCUCAGACAGCUGUAGUAUGAGCAGUGAUACAUCAUCGUUCAACUCAGAGUGCCAAGAUGAUGAAGAAAUUGCUUUAGCUAUGCAGGCUGCGGAAAUUGCAAAUCGUAAUGAAGCAAGGGCAAAAUUUAGGUCAAGUGAAGAUUUGGUACAUCGCCUCUUUGUUUGCAUUGCUGGUGUAGCAGAUCAGCUGCAGACAAACUUUGCUGGAGACUUGAGGAACAUUCUUAAGUGUGUCUUCCUAAUGAGUGCGUCUCAGACUACUGAUAGCAGUGAAAGCUCAGACCAAGAUUUACAGGAACAAGAAUGCCCGUCUCCAGAUGAAAAUGGUGUGGAGCACGCUGAAGAAGCAUGGGAGUCAGCAGUGGAAGCGCCGCCGCCGUGGGUUCCUGACAUCAUGGCUCCCCGUUGUAUGGCGUGUGCUGCCGCGUUCACUGUCGUCCGGCGCCGUCACCACUGUCGCAACUGUGGAAAGGUUUUCUGUGCCCGAUGCAGCUCCAAUUCAGUCCCACUGCCGAGGUAUGGGCACGUCAAGCCUGUCAGAGUCUGCAACCGCUGCUUCGUGUAUCAGGUGACGCCAUUCACAUUGGAGGAGUCAACUCCUACACGAUCCUAGGAAUUACUUCAAGAGUUGACACCAUCACAGUAAUCCCUUCUCUCUGUGCAGGUGUGCCAGUAACUUUUGUCUGCAGAACACAAUUGAGAUUCCAUUCCUGUGGUCUUCACUUGUUUGUUUGGUUGGUGGUUGUGAUAUUUUUUGUCCAGUGUACUGUUAAGCAUAGUUUGUAUGUAUUUGUAUAGCUCCAAAAUAUUUCUUAAGACUUGUGGAAAUCCUAGAAUUCCUUCUUUUGUUCUGGUCUGGGUCUUUUUCAACUUAAUUCUUUUGUUAAAGUAAUCUCAGUUAUGGCCAACCAUGUACUGCCUUAUGUAAAGUGUAUGUGCGAACUGAAUUCUUCAUGAUAUUCUCAGAACUCAUUAAAUGUGUGAGCCUUUCUUUGUGAUGAUGAUGAUGAUGAUGAUGAUAAGAUGCCUUAGACUUACCAAACUGUGAGGGGUAGAAAAAAAUCUGAAAAAUUCUUGAGUACUAAUGUAUAUGGACUUUACUGCUGAGAAAUAACUAAAGCUGCCUACAAUCAUUUACAACACAUGUACUGUUGCCAAAUAUUCUCCACAGGAUUACUUAGUAUCUAAGAUGCUGCAGAAGUUCUUAGUGUUCUCAAAUAGCUGUAAGCUUUAAUGUGAUAUUUUGUUACAGGUACAGUGCCUGUUAAGAAGUACUAAUUGUGUAACUGUCUGCAGCAUUUGGCUGUUACUCUUUGUACAAUAGAAGUAAAAUAUGAAAUGUGCUAUGAGUUCUCAGUUGUAAAAAUGCUUUGGAAGGCCUAAAAGAGUGUUUUAUUUUGUAUUAUAUGGAUUUACAUUACAGUUAAGUGUGAUAUUUCACACAGACUUGAUGAAUGACUGAUAAGUUUUAUAUCAUGAGAUGUAUGUAUGUACAUAUAUAAAUAGCUGCAGGUGAGAAUUUUAUUUAUAUAAUUACUUUUUUAAAUGUUUCAAUUGUGCUGAUGUUUUUGAGAUCAUUUGCUCUAGUUUUUUAAUUAUUAUAUUGCACCAGUUCAUAAAUGGGAAUUACCAUUGAUUUUGUUACUACUGACUAUUGAAUGCUCUUGUAAAUGAGACUGUAAAAGUCAUGUUGUGUUUCAUCUUUACUGUGUGUGCAAUCUGCAUGUUGAUUCAGUUAUGAAAGACUUUUCUUUUAUUCCUCCAUGUAAGCACUACCUCUUUUCAGGAGAUUAUUCUCAUGCAGAUUAAAUUGCAACAAAACCAUUAUGGUCUGAAUUUUAAGUUUCUUUUUAAAUUUUUUUUCAUAUCUUUAUUUUCUCUCCCAUUUGCUGAUAUGUCCUUGCAGUCCCAUAAGCCUCCAUUUGGUGUGAUGAUUAUUAUGCUUAAGACAGAGCCAAUUUAUAGACUGUAUUACAUGAAUUAUUAUAACUAUAGCAGUUCAGUUGCUGACAGAUUUUCUUUAACAUUUUAUAUGACACGAUACAUUGAAUUUUUAUAGUUUUCUCAUUUCUGUUGAUUGCUUACAUUGACAUGGGCUGUACGAGUGCUGGUUUUUGUGGUGGACCGAUAAGAGUAAUCUCAUCCUUUGGUGUUUUAUGCUGGCGAAUGAGGCACAGAAUGGUGAAACACAUCAUGGAAAAAAAAGUCAUAACCAUUGUUCUUCAUUGCCUAUGUGAAAAGCAGCACACUUUCUUUCGUAAAACAUGUUAAAAUAUUUGGAUUACUGAUCUUUCAUAAUAACUGUGUACUUGCAUUCAUCAUGUAAAUAAAAUUUGUAGCGCAAAUAUGUUGAAAGAUUUUGUUUGGGAUAAACACUU